CAUUGGGACCGAGGGAGUUCAGGACGCUUUUUUUUUUUUUUAACGCUAUUAUUUGGAUUUAUGAUUUUUAUGGUUGCCAUGGUUAUGAAGUGAAGCGCGGAUUACCUAACCCCCCUGUGCCCUGUCAUUCAGGGGUGUGUGAGAGGACGGACCGGUAGAUAUAAUGGAAAAUCAAGAAAGCUCGUCGGACGUUAUGCCGAAUGCAGACGUGGCCGUCGUGCAACAAACACCCGAGGCCAUCUUUUCCUCCAUUCUUACCGUGGACGAAAAUCAAAAACUCAACGACCCGCUGAUUAAUGCGAUACAGAAGCUGUCCACGAUGGUGAAGAACGAGAAAAGCUCCAAAAGCGUCGAAGGGAAGAAGCGUUCUUAUCCAGGGGAUUCCACAUCGCUGGCCGAAGUCCAGGGGAGCUGCUCCGCUCCACCUAAACACCUUGAUUUAGUUGAUCCGUGCCCAAAGCGAAGUAAGGGGGACAAGACCGACGACGCCAUAGCGGAUCACCUGUUACAAAGUAACAGAAAAGUGAUGUUUUAUCAGUGCAGCCUCUGUAAGUUCAUGUCUCCAUCUUUUGAGGUGCUCGCCUCUCACGUAAAAAGCCACGGACAGGAGAACGAGGUGGUUCUCAUGUGCUCCGAGUGUCGUUUGACCUUUAAAAGCCACGACGACCUGCAAGCGCAUAUCAGGAAGUGUUGCCAAGCAGGGGCCACAACGCCGUCGCAGCUUCAACACCAAUCGCAACCUGGCAAGGAGACCUCCGUGUGUCCAGACACUUCCGUUCCGGAGAGGAAAAAAUGGUAUGCGCACGAAGCCUACGGGUUGUACCGCUGCCUGAUUUGUAGGUACACCUGUGGUCAACAGAGAAUGUUGAAGACUCACGCCUGGAAACAUGCCGGGGAGGUCGAUUGCUCCUAUCCUAUAUUUGAAGAAGAGAACGAAGGCGCGAGUUUGCCAGAUUGUACGGUAGCCCAUACCCCGCAAGGGAGUGAAUCUGUAUUAUCGGAAGACGUGGAAGGUAAGAGUCGCGUUCAGAUGGUAGAAUGUGAGCCCGUAUCCUUGGAAGGAACCCUUAAGGAAGCCACUAUUUUAAGCCAAACUCCAGUUGCCAUGACUGAGGUGGUUGUGGUGGAGGAAGCCUUACUGAGCACAGAUCAGGAGAACACGCUCGCCGACAGCCUGCUUUCCUCUGCUCAGCAAAUCAUUCACUGCGGGCAAAAUAAAAAAGGCCACGCGAACGUUAUUGUGGAACGAUUGCCCGGUGCUGAAGAGACCGUUUCACAGAAGCCUUUAUCCAUCGCCUCUGAGCUCGGGGUCAAGAAAACGGCGAUGCCCCGCGAUCCGCAGCUCCCGUGCGAGCCGUCGGCUGAGAUUUAUCAUGCCGACAAGAAUGCCGUCGAAAUCGAAGAGAUUGUCGUAGGCUGGGGCAAUAGCGUGCAGAACAAUGGGGAAUUUCCAGCGGCCGAUGAAAAUUCUGCCCCGGCUCGCCGGAGGACCAACUCUGAAUGUUUAAGACUGCACUCUUUAGCGGCCGAGGCGCUGGUGACCAUGCCGAUCAGAAUCGUUGAAUGUCCCAAAUCCAAUCUUCGAUGUUUCAGGGAUGCCGAUUCCGUCGACCCGGACACGGGGCAGCAGGAAGACGUUACCAAAGGCGCGACGUGUCCCGCCAUGGAUUCUUCUAACGUACCCGAAAAAGGUAACGCUUUCUCCCCAAGAAUCCUCGACCAGGAGGAAACCAAAGUCGAAAGCGAGCUGACGGAGGAACCGAUAAAAAUGGGCAUUAGCACGUCUCUGUUAAAAGUCAUCGAAAAGUUAAAGGAGCGGACGGAUCAGAAUGCCACCGACGAGGAUAUCUUAAAAGAGUUACAGGACAACGCUCAAAGCGAGUCCUCGAGUGACCGCUGCCCGGGUGGUAACCUCGUAGAGUACUUACCUCAUACCGAGCGGCCUUACCGGUGCCGCCUGUGCUAUUACACCAGUGAUAAUAAAGGCUAUAUUAAGCAGCAUUUGCGGGUUCACCGGCAGAGGCAGCCAUACCAGUGCCCCAUAUGUGAGCAUAUUGCCGACAACAGUAAUGACUUGGAAAACCACAUGAUCAACCAUUGCAAGACCAGGACGUACGAAUGCAAGAAUUGCACCGAAUCGUUCUAUUCUAAGAGCCAGCUGAGAAGCCACGAGAGGGAACAUCGCGGCCGUCCCGAUAACUGCGCGUUAAUCACUUCUGCUGAGGAGCCGCAGGUCUGCAGCGAUGCAGAGGAGACAGGCUCCCCAAAAGGCAGUAAAUCCUCCGCGCCAAAACUGUACGGAUGUGACGUCUGCAGCUACACCAGCUCCACGUACGUCGGUGUUAGGAACCACCGGAGAAUUCAUACCGCCGUUAAACCCUACCGAUGCCAAGUGUGCAAUUUUGCCACCUCAAACAUGAACAGUUUGAAGUGUCACAUGAGACGCUAUCCAGAUCAGCACCAAGCGGCCGAGCUGGUAGGACCGUACAGAUGCUCGCUGUGCGGAUAUGUUUGCAGCCACCCUCCAUCUUUGAAGUCUCACAUGUGGAAACACGCCAGCGACCAGAACUACAAUUAUGAACAAGUCAACAAGGCUAUCAACGAAGCGAUGUCACAGAGUAACCGGGCUCUGGACGAACCUUUAAAGAAGACUUUGCCAGAUGAUUUCAGUCCUAAAGGAGGCGAGGAUUCCGCCGGCGGGUCUGCGGAGGAAAGAACGGGUCCGGCAGAAAAUCCAAAGGUCGCCGCUUCUCAGAUUACAGAUAAAUCGGAGAGCCCCGUCCGGCCCGGCACGGAGUUGUGCGUUCUCUUGUUCUGCUGUUGCGUCUGCGGCUUUGAGUCCACAAGCAAGGAACUUCUCAUGGAGCACAUGAAAUCCCACGAAGGUGAAAUCAUUAAUAUAAUCCUGAAUAAGACGGAGUCCCCGUCGUCAACAUAACCAUGACACGAA